AUGCUACAGCAGCAACAGCAGCUACAUAUUCAACAUCAGCAACAUCUUCAGCAACAGCAGCAACAACAGCAGCAGCACAUACCUGUACAUCAUCAACAACAACAACCUCUGGAAAUGGAGCAACAUCAACAUCCACAUCACUAUUAUAUGGCGCCUCAGCCACAACAGCAGCAGCAACAUGGCAUGCAGCUACCGCCGGGCAUGUCGCCCACCCAGCCAUAUUGUAUAACAGCAUCAUACCCUGCUGGGCCGCCUCAACAACCCCCGGCAAUACCUUAUUAUCCAUCGCCUGCCGCCGCUUCACAUCUUCAUCUACCGCCACAGGGAGCAGCACUUCACCGCAACCCCUAUCUAUUGCACACGUCACAGCACUCUGCGCCAUACUAUUCCCAACAACCACCUCACAUGAUGACCGCGGCACAUCAACAGCAGCAACAGCAACAACAACAGCAACAGCAACUUCAACAACAGCAACAACAACAACAGCAGCAACAACAACAACAAAAGAAUGUUGCUGUUGAACCUAGCUUUGUAGACGAAGCUGCUGGACACACCUACAACUCUGACGACGACAGUCAGUACGAAGGCCUGUCACACAUGCAAAGGAUCGUGGCGCAGUUCUACAAGACACUGUUUCAGUAUCAUCCCAACACGCAGAUCGUCUCACAUAGUGAGAUCCCGCCGCCAUCAUCGGCGUCGCCAAUGCCAAUGAUCGUCUUCACACCAAACAUACCACAGCGAUUCCUGUCGGCCAGCUCCAGACACUCUUCGUCCACAUCAUCGCCCUCCAGCGACUAUGAUCGAUCGACGCCAAAGAGUGAGCGUUCUUCGUCGGCCAAAGAGAAGAAGAGCAACAACAACAACAAUGACAGUGCACCAAAGAGGAGCGAUCGCGAGAAGGAAAAGAAGAAGGAUGGCAAGAGUAAACAACAGACAACAGCUGCUGCCAAAGACAAACAACCACAACAACAACAACAACAACAACAUUCUGUAGAUAGUCCAACACAUAUAGGCCAGGGCAAGGAGUCGAGGGUAACACCAUCUCCGCCAUCGAGCAACAUAACACCAAAGUUACAACCACGCGUCAACAGCAGCAGCAGCAUCAGCAGCAGCAGCAGUAGCAGUAGUGGCAGCAGCAGUGGCAUCAGCCAUGAACAACAACUAUGUAAGAGUACUGAGGAGAUGGCAUCCACAAGCAAAGAGAGCAUCCUACCACCACCACAAUACAACAUUCCAUCGAUCAACAUCAAACCGAUUGCCAGCGGCAGCAACGAUGGACAGUCAUCACAGACACCGCCUCAGCCAUCUCUUCAUCACAACGUCUCGAUACCCCUGAAUCUUGUUUCACAGGCACCUGGCAACAUCAAGGUGCCCGAGUACUCCAUCACAAUCGAGCCAUCAUCCAGUGGCGCUGGUUCCAGAUUACUUGGCCCACCAUCAUCGUCAUCGUCAUCGUCUUCAUCAUCAUCAUCAGACGAUGUUCUUGACAAGAACAACAUUUUACACAACACUUCUUCACCCUCUAUCGCCAUCCACUCACAACACAACAACUCACAACAGCAACAACAACAGCCACUGAGUAGCGGCGGCAUGAAUGGAAAGCCGCACUUCAGUCUGACACCCUUUGACUACUUCGAACCGUGGACAGAGGACCGCAAGAACAGCAAUCCCUACUCCAACUUCUUCAUGCAGGACUCGCGCAAGAACAGCAUCGUGACACCGGAGCGCAAGAACAGCUUCCUGUUUGACCGCAAGAACAGCACCACGUUCCUGGGAGAUCUGGGCGCCAGUCCUCUGGGCGAUAUCUCGCUGCCACUCAUCCCCGACCAAUUCUAUCCGCGAAGGUAUUCGAUGGAGUUGAAGCCACCCGUGUCCAACAACAUCUACGGCUCAGCCGGCACUCCUGGCAACUCAACAGAGUUGGAUGCGGUGCUGGUUGGCAGGAAGCGAUCACUGUCCCAGGAAUACCUUUGGCAGCGUCGAGGAGCAUCCCAGUUCCAGGCUGAAGCUGGAGCCCUCGGCAGUGGCCUAGCCUAA